AUGAUUAAGGAACAAAGGAAGCUAGCAAGCAAGCAUGAGAAUUUUCUCCGAAAAUCAAGGGAUAGAGUGGCUGUAUUUAUGAAGUUCAUUGACAAUCUUCAACAAGAUGAAGAUCAUGCCACUGAUGCUGAGGAGGAAGCUGAUUCGGAGGAAACUGGUUCAGAUGCCUAUAUUUGUCUCACGAAGCUGUUGCUGUCUGCUCCUUUUUGUCUCAUAAAAACACUUAACAUGACCAUCACAAACUCUUUUACUUAUCCUCUUAUUAUCUUCCUCUGCUUCAUCACAAUAAUGCCCCUUCUUGUGUUUUGUGAUGAUGUUGGAAAAAUAAUGCAUUAUUCAGGUUCUUGCACAAGCAAAGACAUAAGCAUAUCACAAAGCAAAUGUUCAAGAUCUGGAAUCCCAGAAUACAUAGUGCAAAUAGAGAACACUUGUGUAUCUGGUUGUGCUCCUCAUGACAUACACCUUCACUGUGGCUGGUUUGCAUCUGCAAGAAUCAUCAACCCAACAUUGUUUAAGAGGCUCUCUUAUGAUGAUUGCUUGGUCAAUGGUGGUAAAUCUUUGGCCUCAAAUCAAAUCAUCAGAUUCACUUAUUCUAAUUCCUUCAUGUAUCCAUUAGUACUCAAGUCUGCUAGAUUUUGCUCAUGA